AUGGGCGAAAGGAUAACCACUGACCAAUUUCGUCGUACCAUCCAAGACGCCGUGCUUCAACGAAGCACGCAAUACACCGACUCAUAUCCCCUCUCUAUCCGUUGGGAGCGGGAUGACACGCUAGCCCAUCAGGACGUGGGCCAUUUCAGAUCACUGUUGACAACCCUUAGACUUGCCGAACCCAGAGAAGUUGUCAUUGCAGCAGACGACUUGAAACCGGGGCUGACAGCACGAACUGAAUUGGAACAAAUUCUUGUCGCCGCCAAACAAACCAACGGUCGUGCCAUUGUCGUCGUGCAUUAUGCUGGGCGUGGUGCCCAAGAUAAUAACAGCCUACUGCUUGUUGAACGGACCCGGGGUAAUGCUUUUUGCGCAAUGGCUUUCCUAAUAUCAACUGUGAUACCGAGCAAGGGCUACGGCCUUGGAGAUGAAGAUAAAGUUGAUGUUCUAUUUAUUUUCGAUUGUUGUUAUUCUUUUAUCGCACGUCGUGCCCCUCAGCCCAAACAACGCAUCGUCGAGGUGAUCGCUGCCACAGACGAAAAUCAGCCAGAAGCUUUCUCAUCUCCUCGGAACACCAUUACAGCAAAAUUGGCAGGGGAAGUCAAGCGUCGAGAACGUGACGGGCAUCGGUAUGUUGAGAUCGCCGACGUCGUCGCAACACUGAGAGACCGACCAAAUGCUGUUAAGAAGCCAUCGCAUGGUCUUAGACUCGGUGCAGUUUCCAUAUGCAUCCCCUUCUCCGGCCUUGUCGCUGUAGAUCCUCAACGCCUCCCGUCCGCAUUGAGGGUAGUAUUUGGAGUGCAUAUAGCCGACAAUUUGACCGCAACUACCCUCAGAAGUUUCGUCAACUGGAUUCGAACGCUACCGGAGAAUUCCAGCAUUACCCUUGAAGGGGUAUACCCGACUGCGUCGACUUUGCUCAUUUUAUGCAGCCCCUGGUCAACAUGGUCCAAACUCAACGGGAUCCGUGGGUUUUCGUUUAUGGCGGAAGUAAGGGAGGGGAACCAGAUGGGACGCCUUUUAGCCCCUCCCAGUGGACCGAGCGAUAGCGGCUUUUUCAAGAAAGAGAGUAUACCACCACGACGUGACCCCGCGGGCGGAAAGCAAGGCUCCUAA